AUGAAAUGGACUUCAAACAGUGGAAUAACGGAAACAGGAAUUACCGAGUGUCAAAUCAUCAGUUGGUCGGUCAAACCGGGGGACCGCGUUGAACAGUUCGAUCCCAUAUGCGAAGUCCAGUCAGAUAAAGCAACUGUCGAGGUGCUGAAUGUCGGGGACGAACAGAUUACCUCGCGAUUUGAUGGCGUUGUCAAAGCCCUUCACUAUGAGCAGGAUGAAGUUGCGGUCGUUGGAAAGCCACUAUUGGAUAUGGAUAUUGCAGACACCGUUUCGGAGGAUCCAAUCUUUGCAAACGUCCCUGUGGAGCAAGAGCCUUCGGACACUGGAGAUGCGCCGCCCGUGAAGGGAAUCUUUGGAGGACAGAUUGAACAACCGACUGCGUCUCUUGACGUUGAGUCGCUGCCUGUCUCACAGGACUCGUCGACGACCUCGCCCGCACCCACACCUGCGGUGAGAGAAGAAAUUCCUACCAAAGCUUCCGCACUCCUCACCCCAGCUGUGCGACACAUGCUCAAACAGGCAGACAUCGACGUCAACGAUGUUCGAGGCACUGGUAGGGAUGGGCGCAUCACAAAAGACGACGUCCAACGGUACAUUCUGGCACAAUCGAACUCUGCUCACUUCCGAACACCCGCUCCACUUGCCACCGAAGCGUUGUCAAAAGAGGUCACAGAAGACAAGGUCGUGUCAUUGAGCCCGACAGAAAACCACAUGUUCAAAGUUAUGACCCAUUCUCUCACGAUCCCUCACUUCCUCUAUACCCACAGCGUCGACGUCACAUCGAUCAACAACCUUCGGCGAAAGUUCAACACGUGCUCGAGUCUCUCAUCUACGCUUUCCACCUCAGAAAUCCCUGUUUCGAAGCUGACGAUCCUCCCGUUCAUCAUGAAGGCCGUGUCGCGUGCAUUUUCGCGCUUUCCGAAACUCAAUGCCCACUUGGACACAGCCACUAACCCGUCGAAACCCCAACUAAUUCUCAAAUCAUCUUGCAAUUUUGGGAUUGCCGUCGAUACAUCCCAGGGCCUACUAGUUCCGGUGGUCAAAGAUGUACAGCAGCACUCCAUCAUCUCACUUGCUGCUGAAAUCAAGCGGCUGAGCGAUCUCGCACACGCUGGACGUCUUGCGCCAGAAGAUUUCAAGGAUGCCACUUUCACGAUAAGCAAUAUUGGAAGCAUCGGCGGCAGUACUGUGUCCCCUGUCAUCGUGGCGCCAAUGGUGGGAAUCCUCGGGGUUGGUAGAGCUCAACAUGUCCCGGUUUUCACAACAGACGACCAAGGUCAUGAGCGCAUUGUCAAGCAGGAGCAGGUGGUGCUCAGCUGGAGUGCUGAUCACAGGAUUCUUGACGGCGCAACGGUCGCUAAAGCUGCUGAAGUUGUUGGUGCGUUGAUACAAAAUGCUGAAAGUCUGGGGUUGGCGUUGCGAUGA